AUGAACAACAUGUCCAACCUCGCGGAUACCCUGACAGCCUCAGGAGGCACCGAGUCCGCAGGGUUUCUGAAUGACAUUGUUGAGCAACUAUGGCCCAACAUCAACGUAGCCGGUUGUAAAAUGGUGAAAGAGAUCGUCGAACCCAUUUUGGCGUCCACAUUACCGGGUCCGUUGGCGAAUCUGAGGUUCACGAAGCUUGACCUGGGUCCCGUGCCCCUACGCCUUUCUGCGGUCGACGUACACAAGAGCACCACUGGAGGCAUCAAGUUGGAUAUGAACGUGGUAUGGGAGAGUAAGAGCGAUAUCGAGCUUGAUGGCAACAUGGUCCCAAAGAUCGGUAUCGAACAUGUCCAUCUCAAAGGCAGGCUCUCUAUCUUACUGGCACCCUUGACUAAUGUCAUCCCGCUCAUCGGAGCCGCGCAAGUUGCGUUCAUAAAUCCUCCGGAGCUCUCACUCGAUUUCACCGAUGCUGCCAAUAUCGCAGAUCUGGGCAUCGUAUCAAAAACCAUUCGCAAAACCAUCCUCGGGAUCAUCGGUGGCAUGGCCGUGCUUCCAAAUCGCUUUCUUGUCAAGCUUGAUAACUCAAAUGACUAUUUCAAGACCUACCAACCCCAUCUCGGUGUUGUCCGCCUCACCAUCGAGCGAGCAAUCGGCAUCUCCGGUCCCAAGAAGAGCGGUGCAAAGCGUCUUCUAGCUAAGAUAGUCAAAGACGUACCUGACUGUUACUGCAAAGUCAAUGUUGGCGCUGAAGAAGAGUGGCGCACGUCAACUAAGAAAAACGACCAUGAUCCCGAGUGGAACGAGACACACGAUUUCCUUGUUGCGGAUUUUGAGCAAAUCAUUUCCCUCGAUGUCCAAGAUGACGAUCUUGGUGGCGAUGACGACAUUGGCAUGGGACACAUCUCCAUCAAGGACAUCCUUCUCGGCGGCGGCACAAAAGAAAUCGCACUUCAACACAAAGGCGAACAAACAGAGGCUCGUAUCACAGUGCACGCCCAAUUCUUCAACUUUGUUUCUGAGCCACAAGCCCUUUCUGCCGAACAGAGCCAAGGAGACGGCCAACUGUGCGGUCUCGCCACCAUCCUCGUCGCAAGCGCCCUGGGUCUUCAAGGUCAGCGUGAUGAGCUUCAACCCAGUGUCAAGGUCUCGUGGGGAAGCAAGGAGCAUCGUACUGCUAUCAAGACCUACACUCCUGGUACCGAUAUUUUCAAUCCUAGUUUUGACCAAGCAUUUAGGAUUCCGAUCACGAGAGACAUGGUGAACAGUCCGGCGCCAUUCAGAGUUUCUCUGUUGAACAAAGAGACAGAGGCAGGUGUGGUCGAGAUUCCAUUUGCAGACGUACAGAACGGGCAAGACCUGACUGUUGCAAAUGCGUACGAUGUGGGUGACGGAGCGUCAGUCAGAAUUGCAAUUAGUCUUAGGGGUUUGCAAUUGGCUCAUUAG